GAGGUCGCGUCGCCCGGCGCCUGCGGCUUCGUGACCCUCGAGGGGGAGCCGUGCGAGCCCUGCCCGGACAGCGUCAUGGCCGCCUACUGCGAGCUCGGCGAGGAGCGCUGCAGCUGGGUCCCCGCCGUCCCGGGCGGGGUGGGCGCCAGCGGGCCGUAUUUCGAGGUGACCCUCUCUGAGGACUCCGCGCUCUUCUUCCACGACAGCGUCCUGCUCGUGCCCGGCCUGCUCUCGCAGGCGGAGUGCCGCGCCCUCGCGGGCGCCGCCGACGCGCACUUGGCCGCGGGCGGCUGCUGGCGGCCCCAGGAGCAGGCCUUCCUGCACCCCGGCAGCGACGACCUGCUGGGCGCUGUCGCGCCGGACGCGCUGAAGCGCGUGAGC